GCUGAAUAUCGUUGUCCAAUGCGUAAAGUCGCUUUUCCUUGAUCCACCCAAAGAAAAAGGAACAGAAAAGGAAAAGGGAUAAAGUCGCGUUUCUUCACAAAAUUGCAGAACCGCCGUUGAGGUAAAAGCCCAUGGGGAAGAAGAAAGGUGAAGGAAACCCUAAUCCGAGCGAGCUGAAAGAAGGACACAAUUUACUCGGCGCGCCGACUUUUGAGCAGCUGGAGAAUGGCCGGUUCAAGUGCGUGGAGACCGGUCACGAGCUGCCGUCUCACGCCAGAGACUCAUACGCCGACUCCAAGCACUGUCGGCUGGGGCUCAUCGACGCCGCGCUGGCUCGGAAUAAGCCGCCUCUCAACAUGUUCAAGCAAGACCCUGCCUCCCGUUCGAAGCUAAUAUGCCGAUUAACCGGAGAUACGAUCAACAAAACGGAGGAGCAUAUAUGGAAGCAUAUAAACGGGAAACGUUUUCUCAACAUGUUAGAUAAGAAGGAGGCAGAAAAAGAAGCACCAAAUGGAAAAACAGAGAAGCAGGACGAGAAGAAGGAGAAGAAAAAGAAGAAGAAAAUUGAAAAUGGUGGUCUGAAGAAGAAUAAGAAGAAGAUUGAGGAAGAGGGGGAAAAUAUUGAUGAUAUCAUGGAUGAAGUAAGGGACAUGGCUGGAAAAAGUAGUGAUUCUGAAAAUGAAGCUGGCUUUUGGAUGCCACCUGUCGGUGAACGGUGGGACCAUGAUGAUGGAGGUGACCGUUGGGGCUCUGAUUCAGAAUCGGGACCUGAGGCUGAAGAUGAUGAUGAUGAAGAAGACUUGGGGAUUGAAGAGAAUAAGGUUGAAAGUGCAGAGACAUCAAAACGGACAAAGCGAAUGUCUCAAGAAACUGGGACUAGUAGCUUUGCCUCAAGGAAGAAGAAGAAGAAGACAGCAUAACAAGUUUUAGAAAUUGAGCCAAAACCCAGUUCUCAUGUUUGCUGACCCUAUUUAUUUCAACACAUUGGGAGUAUAAAAUCAUAUGAAAAAGUAGAAAAUUGCCCGCAAGGGUGUGUCCUGCUGUUUGAGUUCGUUGGCUUUUUUUUUUCCCCAAAACAAACGAAUCAGUUUUGCGGUUGUCUUACAAUCCCUCCCUAUAUAUUAAUUGAGAACGUGCUGAGUUUAUGUGGCAGACUCGCAUGCUUUGGGAUCCUAUGUGGCAAAUAUACAUGCUUCGUUAUUAGAGUUGGGUAGAUUUAGUUUACUUCUAAUCCAAAUAUAUUUAGGUUCGGAUUAUCUAUAAUAUGUUGAUUAUUUAUGAUAAGGGUGGGCGCCGGCCGGGACGGUCUUGGAUUUGAUUUGUCCGGAUACCCAUCCCACUUUUAUGAAUCCGUCCAUGAACGAAGCACCGUCGCCACCCAUGUAAAACAUGGGUGUUGUACUAGUGAUGUUUUAAUUUUGAAUGACUCCAUUAUUAUUAUUAUUUAUU